GUGUGACCUUGCAGUGUUUGUAAACAGACACACGUUGCCGUCGCGAACUGUUACGGACGAUCGCCAUCGCGAGGAGCGAGCCACCCCGUUGCUGCCUAUCGUUCCUAAGGAUCGACGCGCGUGGUGCCUGACGCCAUGGAGGUGGAGCCGAUGUGCAUCGUGGAGAACGAGACGUGUCGCAAAUCUACUGAACGUAUUCCACGGAGAUUUAUCUGGAGUCGAUCGUCACACAUUUCAAAGAGCCUGAACAGAAAGACUGCCGUAAUAGGUGUAAUCAUUGUCAACGCACAAAGUUCGAAAUAUGAGGGAUCUCGCGGUGAUCGGAAAGAGGGGGGCAAGAGGGGACGCAAGCCUGGAAGGAAGGCGGCGGAGAGGGCGGACAUGAAAGCUAAGCUCGAACGAAGUCGGCAGAGUGCGAGGGAGUGCCGUGCUCGCAAGAAGCUGAGGUAUCAGUACCUGGAGGAGCUCGUGGCCGACCGAGAAAAGGCGGUGCUUGCUCUGCGAAAGGAGCUUGAGAUGUAUCGUCAGUGGGGUCAGGAUUUGGACGCUGGUCGAGUCCCCGACGGACUUCAGGCGAUGCUGGAGGAAUUAGGCCAGCUGAAGCGGGAACAACCCAGCAGCAACUAAGCGGCCAAGGAGGCGAGGAAUAAGGAAGUCACGUGGAUCGAGCUGUUUCAUUUAUCUUGUUCCUCCGAUCGAAACCCCUCUCCUCUUUAGAGCUUUCUUUCCGUCGUCUCUUAUCUCCCUUUCUCUUUUAUUAUUCUUCGAGGCAAUAGAGAAUAAUUGGCUGGCGAAUCUGAAAUUUUCUCUUUACGUAGGGUACUUCUUCUAUCUACGAUUGAUCCACUGAAUGAACCGCGAAAGAAGCGCGGAUCUUCCGCUCCUUUCGAGAAUACGUUUCUUAUGCGAAUAGUGAAAUUUCUCCCUCCUGCUUUUCCUGAUUCUUUCUCCCGUUACGUCGGGAUUGUUAGCCCCGAUUACUUCGUUACCUCACCGUGUUACCUUUUUUUUUUGUACGUGCGUUUUGUUAUCGCGACUCGUUACGUUGACACAAUUUUUAUUCUCGUUGAUUAAAGACAUUGGUCGAUUAUCUACGGCCUCACGCUUGAAAUGUACCUCCCUCGUGCGAUUGUUGCGAUGUAAGAAAGUAAUUAUAGAUGUAUUGCUGUUACGUCUUGAAGAGAGAGACAAAAAAACGGUCGUUGUACAUCAAAGUCUAUAUUCAGUAUUGUUUGUUUGUGAAGAGCGUCGUUGCGGGUCUCUUCGUUGACCGUUUACUGAUUUGUUUGCAUUUUAUCGACACGCGGGCUUCUUGUGACGCAGGGAAUUCAUCGUUUUGUACAAAUUAACACGCCAUUACAAAAGUUGAUUCAUAUAUGUGUACGGAAGAGUCUGAUAGUCAAAUAAAACCAAUAUUUUUUGAUGAAAA